CUUGAGGGGGCAGUAGGUUUGAUAGAUCUGGUUGGAAUAUCGAAGUACUACCAAGUCGGCACGGUUGAGGUGCGGGCUUUGGACGACGUGGAACUGCACGUGGCGGACGGCGAGUUCGUCGUGGUCCUCGGCCCUUCAGGGAGCGGCAAGACGACGCUUCUGAACAUCAUCGGCGCGCUGGACACGCCCACAUCGGGAAGCGUGUCGGUGGGCGGACGCGAUAUCACCACCGCAUCGCGCUCGGAGCUCUUCGCGCUGAGACGCGAGACCGUGAGCUUCAUCUUCCAGAGCUUCAAUCUGUUCCCCGGGCUCACCGCCUUGGAGAACGUCGAGUUCGGCGUGGACGUGGCCGGGAAGCGCGGCAGCAUAGAUCCCGAUUCCGUGCUCGAGUCCGUCGGACUCGGCCAUCGGACCGACCAUUUCCCCCACGAGCUUUCCGGGGGCGAACAGCAGCGCGUCGCAUUGCCAGGGCCUUGGCCACGGGGAACCCCGUUCUCUUAG